AUGUUGCUGACCCCGUUCUCAGUCUUGGUUGUCGCCCCUGCUCUCGCCCUGCUCAGCGGCAUCCUCAUCGUCCUCUACCAAUGGGUUGACGUGCUGAUCCGGCGUCGCCGCCUUCCUCCCGGGCCAUUCCCUUUGCCCUUGGUCGGCAACCUCUUCCAGCUGCCUCGGGAGAAGCAAUGGUGUAAAUUGGAGGAAUGGUCAAAGGUCUACAACAGCCCCAUCAUCACGUACUGGGAAGGGUGCAAGGCCACGAUCGUGUGCAACGACGCCUGGACCAUCUCGGAACUCAACGACCGACGCGCCAAUAUCUACUCGUCGCGCCCGUACAAGACGGUCACGGGCAAGCUGUUCGGGCUGUAUGAUAUGAACCAGGCGGGGUUGCCGUAUGGUGAUCGAUGGCGGCUGCACCGGCGAUUGACGCACGCCGCGACGAAUGCUUCGAUAGUGCACAAUUACCAGCCUUUUCAAGGUCAAGAAGCCAAGAUCCUCGUCAACGACUGCCUGGAGCGACCUGAGUCCUUCGUCGACGCGGUGGAUCGAUACACCGUAUCAGUCGUGUCGACGAUCGCCUGGGGUCGGCGGAUCAGGGCGUACGACGACCCGGUUCUCCGCGUCGCGCAGGCAUUUGUGGGAUCGUCGUCGCUCGCGCUGCCCGGUCGGUGCUGGACCGAAGCGAUCCCCAUCCUCGCCGACAUGCCCAACUGCCUCAACACGCUGCCGGCCAUGAUGAAGACGCUGGCGACCAGCUCGAACAAGUACUUCUACGCGCUGUGCGAAGAGGGCGCCAAACAGCCCGAAGACAACUUUGCCAAGCGGCUGAUCCGCGAGGGCGAGGACGGGCUCGGUCGUGUCGACAUUGCCAAUUUGACGGGCAACUUCAUGGGAGCGGGCGUCGACACGACCAGCUCGUCCCUCCUCUCGUGCAUCCUGGCCAUGUGUCUCUUCCCGGACGUCCAGGCGAAAGCCCACGCCGAGCUGGACCGCGUGGUCGGCCAGGACCGGUCGCCGACGUGGUCCGACGAGAGCCAGCUGCAGUUCAUCUACGCGCUCGUCCAGGAGACGUUGCGCUGGCGCCCUGUCUUCCCGCUCGGCGGACCCCAACACUGCCCGAUCCAGGACGACGAGUACCAGGGCUACCGGAUCCCCAAGGGGACGCCCAUCCUGGGCAACCUCUACGCCAUCAACCGCAACCCGCGCGAGUACCCGGAACCCCUGGAAUUCCGACCCGAGCGCUUCAUCGGAGACCUCGAACGGCCGUACCCUAAUAAAAAGGGACAUAAUGUCUUCGGCUGGGGUCGGCGGGUCUGUAGCGGCGAGUCGCUAGCGCAGCAGAGUCUCUUCUUCACCAUCGCGUGCCUGCUGUGGGCGUUUGAGAUCAGACCAGGAUUAGACGACAAUGCAAGUUUCUUUUCCUCUAUCAAAAUCUUUGACACACAGAAAGGAACCCCUUCAAGGUGA